CACCUUCACAAUGACUAGUGUCAUAUCAAAUGUCCUGCUCCCAUUCGUCCUUGCCCUUCUCCUUAUCCACGUGUUGACUACGGCUAGCAAUGUCAAGGUCAUGUCCAUCAACGCAAUUCACGCGCAAGAGGACAACGACAGUGGAACAGCACUCAACUGCGGGCAUGAGGAGCUAAACAUCACCUGGACGCCCAAAGAUUUCUGUCCGGAUCUGCAUAUUACUUUCCGUAUCCAUUACAGAGUUCCCCACUACAUAGACGGCGGCUUCAUCAAUGCCAGCAUUCACUACCACGCCGACCCCAACCCUAUAGUGGAAUACGCUGACGACUUCGAUUGUGAAAUGAUGCAACAAUUUGGCCUAGGCUGUCCCAUUAGCAACAAGGCUGUUUUUACGCUGACUAAAACAUUUGAGGACAUCGGCCAACUUAAACCUUACUUUGGCUCCUACGAUGUUCUCAUCCAAGUCUGGAACCAGGACAACCUACCAUUGCUAUGUGUCAACAUCAGCCUAGUUAUACUUAAAUGUGGUGAACGAUUGGACAAUUUUUACUAACUCAAGCUAAAUUUCUGUUUGUGAAAAAAAAAUCCUAUUCAAAUUGGCUUACAUUAAAUAAAAACUAUUUUUUUAAAUAAUAUUAAGCAAACUACUAAGAGGUAAUGUUCGAUAAAAACUCAACAAGGACCUGGCUUAAUGAUCAAUGAUGUCUUGCAUAGGUGUUGGGUGACAAUUUCAUGUUUUUAAACUCGUCACAAAUUUAUGAUGUAGGGGAAACAACAAUGAUAUAUUUUAAAAAUAAUCUAAUAGCGUGGUUUUAUUCUUUCCCUUUGAUAUAUAUAUAUAUAAUGUAUUUACGUAUUCAUUAUUAUUUGUUCUUUUUUUACACAAAUAUAUGAUUCUGCAUUGCUACACUUAUCAUUAACAUAAAGAAUUAGGUAAAUACAUGCAACUGAUGGAGAAAAAUAUCCCAAGUAUACAUGUGUACCUAAUCUCGAUAAUGUCCUAGAAUAGAAAAUAGUAAUGUGCCUCUCGUUCAAUGUUCUGAAAUCAAAGACCUCGAGAUAUAAUAAAAAGCUUUAGUUAUACCUCAAUUAGUCUAGUGAGCUUUUUCCCCACAAACUUUGUUUUACAUGUUUUAGAGCUAAUAUGUUGGGGGCGUGAUUCAAUGCUUUUAAUCUAAUAGAACUAUAGCAAUGUAAACUAGUGAUCGACGUUUUUGAUCGAAUUAA